AUGACAACAGUAACGAAGCUUAUCACUGUUGUUGGAGCUACAGGCAUCCAGGGAGGGUCGGUGAUUGCUGCUGCCCUGAAGUCUGGUGACUACAAAAUCCGUGGGAUUACUCGUGAUGUCAAUAGUGAUGCAUCUAAGGCACUGGCUUUGCAAGGGGUGGAGAUGGUGAAGGCUGAUUGGAACGACGAGGGUACCCUAGUGGGAGCAUUUGAGGGAUCAUAUGCCAUCUACGCCGUUACCGAUUACUGGGCCGGAUUCAUGACCCAGAAUGUUGAGGAACUGAUUGAUAUUGAAAGUAAGCAAGGAAUCAACCUUGCUAAAGCGGCUUCUCAAACCGCCUCUCUAAAGCACUUCGUAUGGAGCACGGUCCCUGACAACGUGAAGAUUUCGGGUGGCAAACAUCGUAUACCUCAUUUUGAGGGAAAACUCAAGGUCGAUGAGUUCAUCAAGCAAGAUAAAAAUCUACUCACCAAGACGACCUUCCUUUGGGUCGGAUACUAUGGGACGAACAUUGCUCUGCCAAUGAUUGUUCCAAAUCUUCUGAAAACAUGCGGCAAAUAUGUCCAGCUAUUCCCUGUCUCAGAAGACACGCCCAUCACAACAGUGGGCGAUCCUAAAGUCAAUACCGGCAUCUACGCACUCGCAAUCUUCAACCAACCCCAGCUCACAAUCGGCAGGAUUGUUCUGGCCCAGAGUGAGACCAAAACAACUCGUGAAAUUAUCAACUUGUGGUCCCAGGUCUCAGGCAAGCCUGCUGACUACAUUCAAGUUCCUCUUGAUCAUUAUGAUAAUCUAUGGCCCAAGUGGGGACGGGAGAUUGGGCUUAUGUUACAGUUUUGGGAGACAGCUCGUGAGAAGAGCUGGACUGCUGAUGGACCCGUUUUGACAAAGGAAGAUCUAAACAUCUCGGGCUUGGUUGGCAUGGAGGAAAUUUUCAGCUCUCUUGAGUGGUGCUGA